GGACAACAUUGAUUACUUCAUAUCUGGCAUGGGAAGCACAGUGGGGCCUUGUCUGAAUCACUCUAGUCAGGUACCCCCAGGAGCCUCGCUAUUCCGUUACUGUGACAUUCGAUGUAAAGGUGGGUUUUUAUACGCUGAGGCAACUUCUGCCAACAUGACCUUCACCUUCAUCACCGGCAAAGGGGACCAACUCUAUACUGCCACAGUAUUUCCAAGACAUAAUUAAAUUACAGAUCCCUUAAUGUGCCAUACCCAUUUAACUAAAAUACAUUCAAAAUGCCUUCAGUUGAAAUGGAGUUGUCUGGUCUGAUUGUGAACACUUGUGAAUGACCUAUGCUUCACUGGGAUUUAAAAAAG